AUGGGUAUACUUGGGGAGUGGACGGUGAGGUUCUGGGAGUUCAGCAAGAAGAACGUCAUCCCCGAUGUCUUCAUCAAGAGACGCUUCAACUUCAUCACCAUCCACUAUAUGUACAUGAUAGGCAUGUCGCUGUUCGGAUCGGUCGUCAUCUAUGGCAUUGGCGGCAUGCCGUACAUUGAUGCCCUCUUCUUUGCGUCGGGUGCCUGCACUCAGAGCGGCCUUAACACCAUCGACAUUAACACCGUCCGCUUCGGCCAACAAUUCAUGAUGUUCCUGUUGGCCAUGCUGUGCAACCCCAUCAUUGUCAACACUGUCGUUGUCUUCGUCCGGCUUUACUGGUUUGAGAAGCGAUUCGAAGACGUCGUCAGAAAUUCGAAUGCUUUGCGUCGGACCAAGUCGAGACAACGCACCGCCACCAUGCCGAAAGACGACCCCGAACAGGGCAUCCAGGGAGUGGCAGGAAGAGCGAUUCGCAUCUUACGGAACACCGGAAGAAGCACGGGUCCGCCAGAUGGAGGAGAAAAGCUCGAACAUGGCCAUGGCAAUGGAAAGGCGGUCGAUCCGUCUGACGCGUCCAGCCAUGAGGCCGAACAGCCACAGAAUAAUCUUCCCUCUGAUCACUUGCGCCUUAAAACCUCCCGGUCGACUGACGACGUACGUCUCCCAUCACAGCUGAGUCCCGAGCAGCAUAUCCGCUUUCUCGAGAAUCAGCGAAAUCCUAGUGACACAACCGCUUUGAGGAUUCCGAGCCCCCGAGAAUUCGAACGUGGAAGUCGACCGCAAAACAUCGCCGACGGUCUUGACGACACAGUCCUACGCCCAAUAACGAGCGAACCAGACUUGCCCAGCGCCAAUCAGAGACGUAUCGACGAGGUGAAAGUCGGGGAUGAUUCUACUGGUCCUACCCAUAUCGCAUUCGACGAGCCCCAAUUCCUUCGAGACCGUCAUGACAGAACUGCCACCUUUCCGCGGCUCAACACGAGGCAAUCUACACAGCCGGCCUCUUCCUAUGACCUUCCUGAACCUGGCCAGGUUCGGCGGAGGGGUUCAACUACCUUCAACUCGCUUCGCCGUGUCAAUACUCCACGCACACAGGACAUCCCCGCACCGUACUUGAGUUGGCAACCCACAAUCGGGAGAAACUCGUUCUUUGUCGGUCUCACAGAGGAGCAGCGAGAGGAGCUGGGUGGCAUCGAGUACCGAGCGCUCAAGGCUUUGGCUUUGAUCCUCGUUCUCUACUUCUUCCUCUUCCAUCUCUUGGGGAUCAUUUGUCUUAUUCCGUGGAUAUGGCGGUCGGGUACCUACGGACCCGUCGUCACUGCGCAAGGACAGGGAAGAGUCUGGUGGGGGGUCUUCACGAGCGCGUCUGCCUUCAACGACCUCGGGUUCACCCUGACCAGCAACUCAAUGCUCUCCUUCCAGCGGGCCGUCUUUCCCCUAUUGCUGAUGACCUUUCUCAUCAUCAUCGGAAAUACCGGAUUCCCGUGUAUGCUCAGGCUCACCAUCUGGGCCACGUCCAAAUUUUGCAAAAAAAGCAGUCCACUGUGGGAAGAACUUCGCUUCCUUCUGGACCAUCCUCGUCGAUGUUUUACCCUCCUCUUUCCACGAGAAGCGACAUGGUGGCUGUUUGCCAUCCUGGUCAUCCUCAAUGGGCUGGACCUGAUAUUUUUCAUCAUCCUGGACCUUAACGACCCCGCAGUCACGGCGUUACCUGCAGGAAUCAGGGUCCUUAAUGGAAUCUUCCAAGCCGCCGCAACUCGAACGGCAGGCUUUUCGGUGGUGAACCUUGCGGACCUGCACCCUGCGAUUCAGGUCAGCUAUCUUAUCAUGAUGUAUAUUUCGGUAUUCCCAAUCGCCAUCAGUAUGCGAAGAACGAACGUUUACGAGGAGAAGAGUCUGGGGCUGUACGGUUCACCUGCUGAAGAGAACGAAGACGAAAAUGAACCCAGCUAUGUUGGGGCCCAUUUACGGCGGCAGCUCUCGUUCGAUCUGUGGUACAUAUUCUUGGGCAUGUUCAUCAUUGCGAUCGUCGAAGGCGGCAGGUUGCAGAAUACCAACCAGUACGCCUUUACCCUCUUCUCGGUCCUGUUUGAGAUCGUGUCAGCCUACGGUACUGUGGGUCUCUCUCUGGGCUACCCAACCAUCAAUGCUUCCUUUUCCGCCGAAUUCCAUGUCUUGUCGAAAUUGGUUAUCAUUGCGAUGCAAAUCCGUGGACGACAUCGUGGACUUCCGUAUGAGCUUGACAGAGCUAUCUUGCUGCCAUCAGAGAGUCUGCAGGCGAAAGAAGCGAAGGAAGCAGAAAGGGUCAUGUCCCGGGUACAAAGACGCAGGUCGUCCAUAGGAGCGCACUCGAACAUGUCGGCUGUCGAUGGCAUCCUUGAAGGCCGCCAAUUCAGACCUGAGACGGGACUGGCCUCAGGCUAUCGCGACAAGGAGGAGGAUCCCGACCUCCACCUCCGGCCUCGAGCCAACACCAACCGGUCAAUUCAGUCUCACAGGACGGCAGGUUCGAACGAAGCACACCAGCUACACAGUAACCGACACACUGAGCCUCAUAGUGCGAGGCGCGGGCUGGGCGUUGGGAUGUUCAAACUGGCCGAAGGGGUGGAGUCCAUCAAAGAGGAAAGAUCGCACGAGUGA